AUGUCAAUUUAAUAUACUUAAGAUGAAUUACUCACAUUCCAAUAUUUCUUUACUAUUUGCGAUUAAACUGUAAAUAUUUAUAAUGAUGAAUCUAAAAGGGUUAAGGAAUACUUGUAUAAGAUGUAGUGAUCAAUUUUUUUAAGGCAAGUGGUUUGAAUUAAUAAAUUUUAGGAGUAAUUAUUUACUUUACUAAAUAUAAUAGGCUAUAUGGUAAAUAACAUCAUCUAAUGGAUAAACAUUCACAAAAGAUGAAUUUUUUGCUGCUCUUAAAUUAAUUGCAUUAGCAUAAAAUGGUUAUUCUCCAGAUGAAAAAUUACUCUCUAAAAAUAUCUCUUGUUCUUUACCUUAAUUUCAAGGCCUUUAACCACCUAAUUAUGAUAUCUCUCUUGAAUAGUUGCAAAAAUAUGAAAAUUAUUUUCUUACUAUAGAUUAAGAAGGCACUUAGAUAGUCUAGGGUAUGUAGGCAAGAGCUUUGUUUUCAAAGUCUGGGUUGAGUUUAGAUUAACUAAAAGAAUUAUGGAAUCUUUGUGAUAUAGGAGAAAAGGGUUAUUUAAAUAAAGGAGAAUUCAUAGUUGCUUUGCAUUUAGUUUAGUUAUGUUCUAAAUUUAAAUUCCCUUUACCCAUCACCUUAUCUGAUUCUUUAUUAUAGAUUACAAAUAGAUUAUCUGUUAAUCCUAAUAGAAGUAGAUUGGGUUCAAAUUAAAACUUAAUUCCUCAAUAAAGAUUUGGUUCUAAUUCAAAUUUACUCAAUUAACCUAGACCAAGAUUAGGAUCAAAUGCUAAUAUUGGAAUAUAACCAAUUUAAAAUUUUCAAUAGAUAUAAUCAGUUAAUUAACCGUUAAAUGUACCAACAAAUGUGAAUAUGAUACCAGGAUAUGAUUAAAAUGGGAUAAAUUAAGUGAGAUAAUAGGUUAAUGAUUCUACUUAAUAAGUUUAUCAAAUGCAGACUUAAUUAAAUUAAUUAUAUUAAAGUAUUAUUUAUGAAAAACAAGAGGAUGUAAAAUAAAUGUAGGUCUUGAAUGAUAAGUAAAUAAAUAAUUGAUUUUAGUUUGAGACUUAUAUUUUCAAAUUUAUAAGAACAAUAUAAGAUUAUUAAUGAAGAGCUUAACAAAAUUAGAAUCUAGAAAUAAGGAUUAACUUAGUAGAAUUAAUAAUUACAAUAAUAAAUAGGAAUAUAAUUAUAAUAAAAUAAAGAAUAAUUUAUUCAAUUAUAAUAGGAAUAAUAAUAAGAAUAAUAAUAUUUAUAACUUCCUUAUCAAAAUUUUUAAACAAUGACACAAAAUUAAUAAUUAAGUUAAACAUCUCAUUAAUAAAAUUUUGGAUUUUAAAAUACAAUUGUAAAAUUCUAUUAAUUUAUAUUAUAUAGAAUUAUGGUAAUAGCAGUCCUUUACAUUAAACAAAUUAAAUUAAGAUUCAGCCUUAAUAACCAAUAAAUCAAUUUAAUGCAGAUGAAAUUCAAAAAUAACCUGGUAUAUUAAAAAAUCCUGUAGGUAAUUUUUUAUAUUUACAUUUAGAGACAUAAAGAAAAUAAGUAACAUUUGCAUAACACGAAGAGUAAUUUCCAUGGUGA